GAGGAAACACGAGGAUUUUGCCAAUGAGGCCAACCCACCGCGCGAGAUCGCAUCAACAGUUCCCAAGUUCACUUUGCUGCGUGCUAAACCUCGGCGGACCGUGCUCGUGUUGGACGUAUCAGCAAGCAUGCUCCCCUUCAUUAACAAGGAUGGUGCGAAUAGUUGCUAAACUAAGACAGGCAUGUCGUAACUAUCUGAUGGAAAUCGCGCGGGAAGGGGAGUACGUGGGCAUCGUCGUGUUCAACGGGACGUACGGCCCAUCGACGGAAGCCAUCGGUACAGCAUAUGUUCUCUCCGACCUCGUCCUCAUCACAGAUGAUAGCCGGCAGCAUCUUCUCGAUGCUAUACCAAAGGAAGCCAACGGAGCGACGAGUAUUGGAAAAGGAAUUCAGCUUGGCAUAGACGUUCUAUCGUCGAUCGAUGGACAAUCGAUCUCAGCAGACGGCGGGAAUCUUGUCGUCGUAAGCGAUGGCGAGGAAAACGCGCCGCCUUUGAUAAGUGAUAUCAAACUUAAUGUUACCGAUUUCGGUAUUACGAUAGAUUCGAUUGCGAUUGGCAAGGAUGGUUCCUUAAAGUUAGAAGAAUUAGCCGAAGCUACAAGUGGUUCUAUGUUCUACUACCCGACCGACGCGCCCUCUAACGCACUGAACGACGCUUUCAUGGAAAUUGGAAAGCGUGAAGCUAGUAAACGCGAUUUUCCUGCGCAACUGUUUAGCAGCGGCGACCUGGUCGACAGCAACGAAUCCGUGCUCAAAUCUAUAUUCAUCGACUCAACGGUCGGCGAAAACACGCAGUUUACGGUAACAUUCGACGGAAACGCGCAAGUCGCAACCCCAGUAACACUCACGGAUCCUCAGGGACACGUGUACAAUAGCAACUCGGCGGCAUAUGAGGUGGAUGUGGACUUUUCAUCGAUCUACAUUAGAGUCAAAGGCACCGCCACGCCCGGGGAGUAUACACUCCGCGUUCGUAACAACCAAGAAGAUAGUGUCAAUGUCACAGUCACUGUGACGUCUAGUUCAGCGGUGGCCGGCACUCGUCCAAUCACCGCCGACUCCAGCUGGCUCUAUGAAGAACUAUACCCAACUCAGCAACAGAUUCUGUUUACUACACUCUCGAAAGGUUAUAGCCCGAUCUUAUACGCUGAUGUCUUCGCCUUUGUUGACCUGCCUGGCAAUACCUCUGAGGCGUAUACUCUUACGCUUACCGAUGAUGGAACAGGAGCGGAUGCUAGCAAAGACGAUGGAGUGUAUUCGUCAUACUUCACAGGGUUUACAGCAAACGGUCGGUACAGCGCAAAGGUGUCGAGUACUAUCCACCAGGUGACGUCACAGACUUACGCAUCACCGACGUAGACAUCACGACUAGAACUGUGACGCUAGAGUGGACAGCUCCUGGACGGAGUCUUGACCAGGGGCAAGCCUCUCAUUAUCAGCUAUUCAUCAGUGAAGAUGCCGACGAUAUGAUUGAGAACAUCACGGCUCAGGCUACAGUCGCUCCUGACUGGCUAGUAGAAGGAAAUCUAAGUGUCGCCCUCAUUGCCCGAAGCCCGGAGCGGGUGACUGUCUCCAUUCCCUAUGAAGGUUUCGCCAAUCAGACCGUCUGGUUUUCCAUCUGGACUUAUGCUUCACCGGAUGGUCCCCAUAGCUCUCCGUCUAACUUGGCAUCAGCUACAUUAAAGAACCUCGGAGAAGAGGAUAAAAAUGAAAAGUCAUAUUUAGUUCCUAUUUUAAUAGCCGCUGGUGUGCUUGUCCUGAUAGUGGUCGGAUUAGUUUGUUUUUGUUUGAAUAGACGGAAAUUAGGUCAAGGCGACUACAGCCCACCACCGCAGGCUGUGUAAAUGUUUCAAGUCUGAAUAGCUAUUGCUGUGGUAUUACGAAUACACGUAGAGCGACAUCUCGUUGGGAUAAUGUGGUUUGAUGAGGAUAAUCAUAUUAAUCUAUAUAUUGAUCGUGUAUAAACUAAGAAUAACAUCCAUUCUGAAAUAAAUAACAACGAUUAUGACAAUAGAUAGAGUGCAUGCAGGCUGCUAUUCGUCAUCAUCAGAGCCUAACUGUAAUUUUCUCUUGGUGCUUGGUACUGUUGCUUCGUGUCUUGGCUUUGCACUUUGACUUUCUAGUCACUUUACCAGAAAUACAAAUCCGAUUGUAUAGAUAUUUAUUACAAGGUUGCAAAGGAAUUUUAACGUUUUCAAAUAUUGUAGGUGUAUAUAUACGAAUUCGUGAUCUGUAAUUGACUUGCUGUAUCGUCUUGGGACCCUUACAGUGUAUUAAUAUGUAUGUAGUAUGUUAGUUGAAUCAUGUAUCAUAAAUGGUUAACUCUAAAAACCUGUAACAACUAAUCUGUAAAAACUGUAAAUAUCUUAUAUAAAAAACAUAUGCAUACAGGUAGCUGAUUUCAUUUGGUGCGACGCGAGUGCGAUUUUGCAAAAAAGGUGUCAAGGUUUCUUUUAUAUUAUAUAUAUAUAUAUAUUGCAUUAGAGAACAUGUGACGAUGUUUAGUAAAC